CCACUUUUCCUGCUUCUUACCGGAAGUGAGUGGUUGCCAUGUAAUUUCCUGACGAAGAAGGCGGUGGGGUAGUGUCCGUUAAUCUGUGUGUUCGGGUGUCUUGUGUCCGGAAUCAUGUCUGUGGCCGGAUUAAAGAAGCAGUUUUAUAAAGCCAGUCAGCUGGUGAGCGAGAAGGUCGGAGGAGCUGAAGGAACCAAACUUGACGAUGACUUCAAAGAUAUGGAAAAGAAAGUGGAUGUUACCAGCAAAGCCGUGGCUGAAAUCCUUGCCAAAACCACGGAGUAUCUGCAGCCAAAUCCAGCCUCAAGGGCAAAGUUGUCUAUGCUGAAUACUGUGUCUAAAAUCCGUGGGCAGGUGAAAAACCCAGGCUAUCCACAGUCAGAAGGUUUACUAGGAGAGAGCAUGAUACGCUAUGGCAAGGAGCUUGGCGAUUAUUCCAGUUUUGGUGAUGCUCUGAUGGAUGCUGGGGAGUCGAUGAAGAGGCUAGCUGAGGUGAAAGAUUCUCUGGAUAUAGAAGUGAAGCAGAACUUUCUAGAUCCUUUGCAGAACUUGUGUGACAAAGACUUAAAGGAGAUUCAGCACCACCUUAAAAAGCUGGAAGGCCGUCGGUUGGACUAUGACUAUAAGAAGAAACGUCAAGGCAAGAUACCAGAUGAGGAGUUAAGGCAGGCAAUGGAAAAAUUCAUUGAGUCCAAGGAGGUGGCAGAGACCAGCAUGCUCAAUCUGCUGGAAACCGAUGUGGAACAAGUCAGCCAGCUUUCAGCUCUGGUUGAGGCCCAGCUAGAGUAUCAUAGACAGGCUAUGCAUAUCCUGGAAGAACUGUCCGACAAACUGAAGGAUCGCGUGCGUGAAACCUCCUCCCGACCCAAGAGAGAAUUCAAACCCAAACCACGGGAAACCUAUGACUAUGGAGAAAGUGAACAGUCCAAUGGAGGCUUUUCUUGCAACCCACCCUCAAACAAACCACCAGUUUCUUCUUCAUUUCGGUCUGAGAAACCAGCCAGGACUCCCAGUAACCGAAGUUCAACUCCUCUGGACCAGCCAUGCUGUAAAGCGUUGUAUGAUUUUGAACCAGAGAAUGAUGGGGAGCUAGGCUUCCGAGAAAGUGAUAUCAUCACAUUGACCAACCAGAUUGAUGAGAAUUGGUACGAAGGAAUGAUCAAUGGCCAAUCAGGAUUCUUCCCCCUCAACUAUGUGGAGGUUCUGGUUCCAUUACCUCAGUGAUAUGUGAAUAAACCCUAAGGGGUUGGAGGGACUUUUGACUAAACACUAGGGACCAAAAUACUGAAGUGUGGACAUCAUUCUUGCCAUUUGAUGUUAACUUCCUUUGUCUCUUCUAGGAAUUCUCUUAAAACAUGGGGUGAGGUGUUUAACUUACUUUGGUGCGUUAACUCCUGGAUAACAGCUAAAAAAAUAUCAAAAAAACUCUCUUUACUCCGUCCAUCCUUUUCCUAGUCUGUCCCUGAUACUUUUCUACAUCCAGUGCCAGCUCUCAACAUCUUUUCAAGCAACAAAUCACUACAGCCAAUUGCCCCCUAUAACACUAAAAGCCAUAAUAGCUCAUUAGAAGUUGGGUUGCUGGAACUUUUUUCACAUUUUGGUAACUUUUAGGUCCCUUCUAUGGAGUUGGAGGGUUUCUUGAAAAGAAGUGCCCUUUUUAUGUAUGGGCAGAAAUAGUAAACCUCUCUUUCUUGGAUACAGGCAUAUUAUUCCCAUCCAUGCUUGCAAGAAAGACAACCCUAUUAGGAUCUUUUUACAACCUACGUCAAAAUCCUUUCACUGGCUGCCAAUUGACCAAUUAUGCAGGAUUAUCAUUGGUUUAUCUGGCUGCUUAGGUGUAAUUCCUAUUUUCCUAUUAUGUGUAUGUGUAUAUAUAUAUAUAUAUAUAAAUAUGUAACCUUUAUAUGCUAUGUUACUCACAUUCUGUUACAUUGUAUAUUUUAACUGUACGGAAUUAAUGUUUUAACCCUUUAAAGACCAAGAGCCCUACUAGCAAACCACAAGGCCCCUGUCAUGAGAUGGUUUAUAGACGGCAAGUGAUAAGCAAACAGGUUUGUUAUUAUUGUUACUAGAUAGUAUUAAAUCAAUCCCCCAUUUAACCCCAUCAAGGGCAAACUGGGAUGUAAUUCAUAACUGCUGGCAGGACCAGGGUUAAAGCAGCAGCCAUUGCAGAAAUAUAAUAAUUUUAAACUAUAAAAGAUAAAAAGAAAAAGUUUGUUACUUAAAUAAUUGUAAACUGAAUAUAGACAUCUUGCUGAAGUAAUGUGUCAAAGAUCAGGAGUUAUCCAGGUGCUCAGUACUUUUAUUAUUAUUAUUAUUAUUAUUGGCGUAUGUGACAGAGACUGAAAGGGACAUCGCAUUUCUAUCAUAUGAUAAGGUGAUCUAUUUUAAAGAUUAAUAUAAUAUAUUGUUUUUACAUGGAAAAGGUUAUGUUAAAGCUGUUUGUUAUUUUACACUAACAGGAAGUGCAAUAAUAGUCCAUGGGAUAGAAGGCUGAUAAGGAAAACUACCACAGCUCUAUUGGUGGACAGUGACAUUCCCCAGAUAACUAACUGAUCUUUAUUUUUGAGCACAGGAACACCCCCCUUCAAAAACAUUAAUACAUAUUACAAUGCCUUAAUUUAGAAGCAAAAAGGGAAAAUACUUUAAUGUCCCUUUAAAAAAAAUAUUCUUGCCAGGAACAAGUGAGGAAGCUUCCCCUUUCCAUCAGUAUUUGUGUAGGAAUAAUCUAUUAGUCAUUAAAUAGUAAUACAGUAUCAACAUAUAGUUUCAAUUUGUAUAUGUAGAGGAGGUUGAAAGACAAAAGUCCAUGGAGUUCAUCCAUCACAGAUGUCUUGUGAUCCCUGAUCACAAAAAAUCUAACCAGCAUUUUCAAUAACCUUUUUUUUCACAUCCAAACAAAUAUUACAAUUAUUUUAAAUUGUUGCUCUUGUGUAUGCAUGAUAGAAUUGUUUGUAAAGAUCGUGGUGCAACCCCUUCCAUUUGACAAUCAAGCAAAAAUCACUGUAGAUUCUCUGUUUACACUUAUACAUUACAGGUGCUGCUUUAAUUUGUUUCUUACAGUAUGUUGAAAAAGACUGGCUCGAUUAAUUAAGGGGGUAAUUUUUUCAUAUAUUGUAAUCUUUGAAAUUAAAAAGAAAACAGUAUUUUUUCCUUAAA